UAUAUGCUAUGUUUCAGGAAAUGUCCUGGGGUCUAAUCUUGCUGUGGAUCCAGGCUGAGAUUCUCACUACCACUUCUGUUUAUGCUAAUGGAUGCAACAAACUUAAAGUGAACAACUGUCAGGACUGUAUACAGUCAGGCCCAGUUUGUGGUUGGUGCAAGAAGCUGAAUUUCACCAAAGCAGGUGAACAGGACUCCGUUCGUUGUGACACCUUGGAGGAGCUUAAGUUGCGAGGCUGCAAUGAUACAGACAUUAUCUACCCCACAAGCCAAGUCAUUUCACAAACUUCAAAGGAAUUAAAUGAUGUGAUCCAACUGACACCCAGUGACAUUUUCCUUAAGCUACGACCAGGUCAGACCCAAGAGUUUAAAGUUAAGUUCAGACGAGCAGAGGGUUAUCCUGUUGAUCUCUAUUAUCUUAUGGACCUCUCCUACUCUAUGGUUGACGAUCUUAAAAAUGUGAAAAAACUUGGAAGUGACCUGCUGCAAGCUUUGAAUUCCUUUACCAAAUCAGUACAAAUAGGUUAUGGAUCCUUUGUAGAUAAAACGGUGCUGCCAUAUGUGAGCACACACCCAGAGAAUCUCAAGAAUCCUUGCACAGAUAAGACUGUUGAGUGUCAGCCCCCAUUUGCCUUCAAACAUAUUCUCAACCUAACAGAUAAUGGAAAACAAUUUGAAGAACAGGUCGGAAAGCAGCAAAUUUCUGGCAAUCUGGAUGCUCCUGAGGGAGGUUUAGAUGCAAUGAUGCAAGUGGCGGUUUGUGGAGAGAAGAUUGGCUGGAGAAAUGUUACAAGGCUUCUGGUUUACGCCACAGAUGACGGCUUCCAUAUUGCCGGAGAUGGGAAAUUGGCAGCCAUUCUCACUCCAAAUGAUGGCCAAUGUCAUCUUGAAGACAAUAUGUACAAAAACAGCAACAAGUUUGAUUACCCAUCAGUUGGACAGUUGGCCCAGAAACUCUCAGAGAAUAAUAUUCAGGUUGUAUUUGCUGUGACAUCCCAGAUGGUAAAGAUAUACGAGGAUCUUAAGGGCCUAAUUCCUAAAUCUGUCGUUGGGGUGUUGUCUUCAGAUUCCAGUAAUGUUGUGCAGCUGAUUAAAGAUGCCUAUCAGAACCUCAGUUCAGAAGUUAUCCUUAAUCACGGGACUACACCAGAAUUUCUAGACAUUGUCUAUGAUUCCUUUUGCUCUGAAAGUGAUGUUAUAUUAAACCAGCCUGAGGGGAGGUGUAGCAACGUGAAAGGCAAUCAGGAGGUUUCCUUUAAUGUGAAGGUGACUGCCAGCAGGUGCCUUCCAAAUCAAAGCUUUUUAAUACGUCCUCUGGGGUUCACCGACUCAUUGACUGUGAGUGUUAUGACCUUAUGUGACUGUAACUGCGAUGACUCACCUGAACCUGAUGAAUGUAACUCAAAUGGAAAGAGAGUGUGUGGCAUCUGCAGUUGCAAUGAGGGUCAUGUGGGAACAAACUGUGAGUGCAUUACAGGGGGGAAGACAAGCCAAGAGCUGGAGCAGAACUGCAGAAAGGAUAACAGCUCAGCUAUAUGUUCAGGAGAAGGAGACUGCAUAUGUGGACGGUGUUACUGUCACACUAAAGAAGACCCCACAAAAGUAGUCAGUGGCAAAUACUGUGAAUGUGAAAACUGGAACUGCGACUCUUUUAAUGGGAUUCUUUGUGCUGGGCAAGGAACUUGUGAGUGUGGUAAAUGCAGAUGCAAUGCAGGAUUUGAAGGCACUGGAUGUGAGUGCAACAAUUCCACAACAAACUGUAUAAACCAAAGGGGGUCUGUCUGCAGUGGACGAGGGACAUGCAAGUGUAACGCCUGCAAAUGCAAACCAGGAUACCUCUCACCCUUUUGUGAAUUAUGUCCUGGCUGCACCUCUCCCUGUGAAAAAUUUGGAUCCUGUGUUGAAUGCCUGAUAACACAUGAAGAAGGAAAUGCAAGAAACUGCUCCAGUAGAUGUCCUGGUGUAACACCCUACAGGACACUCCAACUGGAAGAGGAAAUGUUAUGCAAAGUAAAGGAUUCAAAAAACUGUUGGAUGCAGUAUAUUAUAAAGGAGGAUGAUGGAGAAGAAAAAUACACAAUAACUUACAGUGAAAAGACUGAGUGCCCUGAAGCUCCUAAUGUUGUUGCAAUAGUUGGAGGCACCAUUGGAGGUGUGAUUGCUGUUGGUGUGUUAUGCCUUGUCCUCUGGAAGCUUGUAACAGAAGCAAAUGAUAGAAAGGCAUACAAGCGGUUCGAAAAAGAGAAAUUGAAAUCUAAGUGGAACAAAGAUCCAAACCCUCUGUACCAGCAACCAACCACCAAUGUAGUGAACCCAAUGUACGAUGGAGAAUGAUCGUCAAGCAAAUCAAGAAGCAAAGUGCGAUUUCAAUUUUUUAUGUACUUGAAGUAUACAACCACUCUAUGUAUGAAGAGUG